AUGUCUCAUAUUCUUGGAGGAGGAAAAGUGGCCAACAUAUUAUUAUGGAAGAACAAGAUAAUAUCUGCUUUAAUCUUAAGCGCGCUUACAGGCAUAUGGAUUUUUUUAGAAGUACUAGAAUACCAGUUUCUCACUAUUCUUUGUAACACCCUCACGAUCACCAUGCUUGGUAUUUUCUUCUUGCAGCAAGGAGGAGCGAGACUAAUCGCUCGGUUUGGUUUUGUUCCACCUGAUUUGGAUGACAUUAAACUCUCAUCGGAAUCGACUUGUAGAUACUUGUUCGAAACAUUUAACCUGUUCUUGCUCAACGUUUUGGAAAUUUCAUCUGGAAAAGACUUGAAACUCCUAUUUUUGGCAAUGGCUUGUCUAUGGAUAUUGUCGGUUAUCGGAUAUCAUAUCAGCCUUCUGAACCUUUUAUAUACGAGAGCAGUGCCAGCUUUGUAUGAGCGAUAUGGUGCUCAACUGGAUACAUUAGCUGCCAAACGCAUCCAAGAUGUGAAGGACUUGUACCAAUUGAUUCUUAACAAGAUUCCGAGGCGAGAAGCGAGAGAAGAAUAA